CUUCACUCUUCAUGACUCUUUUUCCCACUUUUAUUACUCUCUUGCCCUUUCUUCUCUCACUCUCCGGCCAUAUCGCCGGCGUUUGGUACGAGUUCUUGAAGUUUCCGUCGUCUUCUCAGAUCUUGUCCUAUCAAUUAAAACCAAAGAAAUGGAAGGUUAUAAAGAACCAUUGGUGGUAAGAGUUGAAGUAGCAUCACAUUGUUCAUUAUCAGAGAUGGAUGAUUUCCAUUUAACCCGGGCUUUGGAGAAGCCGAGGCAGCUAAAGAUCGAAAGGAAGAGAUCAUUCGACGAGAGGUCGAUGAGCGAGUUAUCGAAUGGCUAUGUGAGACAGGACAGCUUUUUAGAAAUGGCUCAUUCUCCUGGAAGUAGGUCAAUGUUGGACACUCCUCUCUCUGUUAGGAACUCGUUUGAGCCUCAUCCCAUAAUUGCUGAGGCUUGGGAAGCUUUGAGAAGGUCAAUGGUGUUCUUUCGUGGUCAACCUGUUGGUACCAUUGCAGCUUAUGACCAUGCCUCCGAGGAGGUCUUGAACUAUGAUCAGGUGUUUGUACGAGACUUUGUACCGAGUGCAUUAGCGUUUCUGAUGAAUGGAGAGCCAGAUAUAGUGAAAAACUUCUUGCUCAAGACACUUCAGCUUCAAGGUUGGGAGAAAAGGGUUGACCGGUUCAAGCUCGGGGAAGGCGUUAUGCCAGCGAGCUUUAAGGUGCUUCAUGAUCCUGUCCGUAAAACCGACACAAUCGUCGCGGAUUUUGGGGAAAGCGCGAUAGGAAGAGUAGCACCAGUGGAUUCAGGGUUCUGGUGGAUCAUACUUCUCCGUGCUUACACAAAAUCAACAGGAGAUUUGACUUUGUCUGAGUCACCAGAGUGUCAGAAGGGAAUGAGACUUAUACUCUCACUUUGCUUGUCCGAAGGGUUUGACACUUUCCCUACGCUGCUUUGUGCUGAUGGUUGUUCUAUGGUUGAUAGGAGAAUGGGUGUUUAUGGUUAUCCUAUAGAGAUUCAAGCUCUGUUUUUCAUGUCCUUGAGAUGCGCCUUAUCGAUGCUUAAACCUGAUGAGGAAGGUAGAGAGUUCAUAGAAAGGAUUGUGAAGCGACUUCACGCGUUGAGUUUCCAUAUGCGCAAUUACUUUUGGCUUGACUUCCAACAACUCAACGAUAUCUACAGGUUCAAGACAGAGGAGUAUUCACACACGGCAGUGAACAAGUUCAAUGUAAUGCCUGACUCAAUACCAGAGUGGGUUUUCGACUUCAUGCCUCUCCGGGGAGGGUACUUUGUCGGCAAUGUAAGCCCGGCACGUAUGGACUUUAGGUGGUUUUCUUUAGGAAAUUGUGUUUCCAUCCUCUCUUCCUUGGCAACUCCAGAUCAGUCAAUGGCUAUUAUGGAUCUUCUCGAGCACCGUUGGGAUGAGCUAGUAGGCGAGAUGCCACUCAAGAUAUGUUAUCCUUGCAUUGAAGGCCAUGAGUGGCGUAUAGUCACUGGUUGUGAUCCUAAGAACACUAGGUGGAGCUACCACAACGGUGGAUCUUGGCCAGUAUUGUUGUGGACGUUGACGGCUGCAUGCAUCAAGACAGGCCGGCCUCAAAUCGCGAGACGUGCGAUUGAUCUAAUUGAGUCACGGCUACACCGAGACUGCUGGCCGGAAUAUUACGAUGGUAAGAAAGGAAGUUAUGUUGGAAAACAGGCAAGGAAGUACCAAACUUGGUCGAUCGCGGGGUACUUAGUUGCGAAGAUGAUGCUUGAAGAUCCUUCACAUAUAGGAAUGAUCUCUCUUGAAGAAGACAAACAGAUGCAACCUGUUAUCAAGAGAUCUGCGUCAUGGACUUGUUGAUUUUUGCUUUUCUUGCUUUUGAUUUGUAUUAUAAUGUCACCAUUUUGAGACAUUGCCGUUAAAAUGCAAAAGACCUUUGAUCAACGGCCAGAGAAUAGUUCUUUAUGCAAAAGACCUAUGAGAUUCAGAAAUGAUUUAUUUUCAUUGAUCACAUAAUAAUAUAA